GACCUCCCUGGCGCGGACGCCCAGGUCCGCCGGCACCUCUCCGAGGCACUCUGCGGAUACCGCGCUGGGGGACCUGGGCCUCGAGCACCUGGAAGCCGCCCGGGGGACGCUCCAAGAUUGGGUGUUCUGGCCGCUUGGCGAGACCGUGGUGCUGGUGCUGACUGUGCUGGUGCCCGCCUUCAUCUUCGUUCCCGGCGUCAUCGGGUACCAGUCCAAUAGGAUCUACUUGCCAGGCGGUGCCAGGGUCAAGUCGUUUCAGCUUAUCAACACCUUGCACUGCCUCCACAACCUGUAUCGAAGACGCUGGUCGCCUUUCAGUCCCUGGCGUGCCUGCUGA